AUGACUGCAUCUAUAGACUUGAGCUCCUAUCGUGACCAGCACUUUAAAGGCUCACGUUCGGAGCAGGAACGCUCUUUGCGUGACUCGACUACACUUUAUGUAGGCAAUUUAUCAUUUUACACAACCGAGGAGCAAAUACACGAACUUUUCUCACGUUGCGGCGAUGUACGCAUCAUUGUGAUGGGCCUGGACAAGUAUAAAAAAACGCCUUGCGGCUUUUGUUUUGUUGAAUAUUACACGCGAGCGGAAGCGGAGGCCGCCAUGAGAUUUGUAAAUGGUACGCGGCUGGACGAUCGACUGAUACGUGUUGACUGGGACGCGGGCUUUGUUGAGGGCCGUCAAUAUGGACGCGGCAAGACGGGCGGACAGGUGCGAGAUGAAUAUAGAACAGACUAUGAUGCAGGCCGAGGCGGUUACGGCAAGCUACUCUCCCAAAAGAUUGCGCCGAACACGGACAACCGUUAGAGAUAAGAUCAACCCUUUAGCCCAACUAGAUAUUAAACAAAAAACCAUUAAGCAUAGUUCUUAUAA